UUUACUUACUUAGAUUAGUUUUUUUUUUCUAAAAAAAAAACGAUUUCGAUUUUUACGUGCGUGGAUUUUUGUUCAAUAGUUUUAAUUCUUCAAAAAGGCUUUCUUUAUUUUAAGCCUACCGUUUAUUUAAUUGAAACUCUAUCAUAAAAAAUACCUAGCAUGGCCCGCGGGCAACAGAAGCUGCAGUCGCAGGCGAAGGCGGCGGAGAAGCAGUCCAAGAUGAAGAAGCAGCAGGGCCACAGCGCCACGGACCAGAAGAAAGCCGCGCAGAAGGCGCUCGUGCACGUGUGCUCCGUGUGCAAGGCGCAGAUGCCGGACCCCAAGACUUACAAGCAGCACUUUGAGAACAAACACCCCAAGAACGAGCUGCCCGAGGACCUCAAGGCCGUCUAGCGCCGCGCGCGCCCCCCUAGGAUUACGCAUUUAUUUAAACUAUAAAUAUUGUACAUUUCGUUUUUUUUUCUUUACGAAUUGUCUAUGUUGCGGGGCCGAAGACACUGCCCCGCCGCGCCUCCCCCGCCCGGAGACUAACUCUAGAUUAUUAAAUAUACACAUCUUUUUCA